AUGUCUACCAACGGCGAGACAACCGGCAACGGAGCGCCUCCAGUCAGCGCAACUGGCCCGGCUACAGCAGCCAUCCCGCCCCCAGCCUCGGCCGCCAGCCGGCCUGUCGCCUCCCUGCGGCUGCCCCCGUUCUCCACGGAGGAGACGGAGCUCUGGCUGUCGCAGGUUGAGUGCGCGCUGGGGGUGGCUGGAAUCACCGAUGACCUCACCCGCUACCAGGUGCUGGUGGUUAACCUGCCCACCGAGGUUGCCGUUCAAGUGAGGGAUGUUAUCAGCAGCCCAGCACCGUCAUAUGCCACCCUGACGGCGGCCCUUCGAGAGAGGCUGGCCCAGUCUCGUGCCUCUCGCCUGGAGGCUCUACUGCGGCACCAGCAGCUCGGCGACCAGAGGCCUUCUGAACUCCUGCGCCGCAUGCAGGGGGAGCUGGCCAUGGCAGGCGUCCUGCCAGCAGACAACGGCCUGCUGAGGACGCUGUACAAGCAGCGCCUCCCCCAGUCUGCCCGAGCCGCCCUCUCCCUGCUGCCAGAGGACAUUCCACUGCCAGAACUAGCUGCAGCGGCCGACCGCUUCAUGGAGGCCAACACUCCGGCACUGUCCGUCAGUGCAGUGCACCAAGCGCCACAGCCGCCCAACCAGUCUGCACUGGACCAGCUGACCGCCUCCGUCGCUGCCCUCACGGCUGCCAUCGGUCAGAUGCAGACCGACGUGACCAGCCUGCGUCAGGGCAACUAUGGCCAGCAGGACCAGCAGCACCGCUACAGAGGUCGAUCAAACAGCCGCCACUCCAGGGCCCGCUCACCGUCCCAGAGGCGGGGGCAGCAGCAGCAGCUGAACCAGCUCUGCUUUUAUCACCACAGGUUCGGAGCAGCUGCACGCAAAUGCUCGGAGCCCUGCUCGUGGACACCAGCCCAGCAGGAAAACGGCCAGGCCUGA